CUCAUCUCUGUAGGGAUGUUUUAAGACCAGGUAGGAACCCUGCCUACCUCCUGAGAAGGCAGCCCUGGAGGAGGGCCUCUCUUGCAGGGGUGCCCUACUUUCCUCUGAGAAGUCAUUACAGGGGAUGACUGGAGACUGUCCACAACGGAUGCUCUCCUCAGUAAGUAUUGACCCCCACAGCUAAGCUGAGGCACACUUCUGUUAAGGCUUCCUCUCCGUGCCUUCCUCCAUGGAACAAAACCCUGGAUCAGGACUUCUCAGCGGAGGGUAUCGAUGGGAGAAGGGCAUGAGACCCUUUUAAAGGGAUGUCUUUUCUACAAAGUCUUGACCAACACCCUCUUAUGAGCUCUUCUUUUAGGGAUACUUCCUAACCUGAUAGGGGAACUGCCUCUCUUUUAGGAAGGUAACCACAGAGGAGGCCCUCCCUAUCAAGGUGCCCUGAUUCCCUUUGAGAAUGCAUAUCUCUGGGUGGGGUUUUAGGCCUCUUUCAACAGAUGACAUCCUUGAAAAGGCUUGGUUUCAGCUCCUUUGGUGAGACCCUCCUGAGUGGAAGGGAGCUCCAGGUAAGGCUUCCCUUGUGGGGAUACCAUGGCUUCCUCUGGAUAGGUAUUCAUAGGGAAAGAGCUUAGGGAAAGAACUAGAGACUCUCCUUAGGGGUCCUUUCCUUGGAAGUCUUGGCCUCAACUCCUGUAGUGAAGACCUCCUCUGGGAAUGCUUUCUGGCCUUCCAGGAGCCCUCUAGCGGUGCCCUGGCUCCUACUUGGAAGAUUAUUAGGAGAUCCCUUUCCAAGGAAACCGUGGCCCUCACCUCUGAGGUGAGUCCUAUUCCUGGUAUGCCUCCUAUCCUAUUCACUUUUAAUUUUCCUUAUUUCUUAAAAUUAUUAUUUCACAUAUCCCAACAAAUUUUCCAUCUUGUCACCAAACAACAAAAUAUUACCCACAAACAUCAGCUAUUCUCUAUUUUCUCUACCACCCCAGGCCCCCGCAUUCUAAUAUAAACCCCAACUUUCAUGAUUCAUCAUCAGUCCAUCCUCAUCAAUAUCUAUUAAUUAAUUACUAAUUUAGGGAUUUACUUUUUAAUCAUUUAUUUUAGGUUCCUCAUUACCUUUAGAGGAGCGUGCAGCGGAGUUCCAACUGGUGGAGCUUGCAACUCGAUUGGGCAUUAUUGUAGGCACGGCUGAAUUCAGUGAACAACCAACUGUACCUCCUACCACUGGGAGACCAUUCUUUGCGUUUAGAGGAAUCCCAUAUGCCUUGCCACCAAUGGGUCGACUUCGAUGGCGUGAGCCUGAAGACUUAGAUGGACCUUGGCCAGGAGGCAGACUGGAUGCUACUCAGUUGAAAUCAUUCUGCCCUCAGUUUGACUAUGACUCUAACAAGGUCGUAGGUCAAGAGGAUUGCCUCUACUUGAAUGUUUACACCCCUGUUAAUCCUGCCCAGGGAAGCACAAAACUGCCGGUUCUUUUCUUUUUGCAUGGAGGAAACUAUCUAAGAGGAACAUCUGCUUCACUUGGACCCCGGAAGUUGAUGAGGGAGGAUGUGGUUUUGAUUACUGCUAAUUUCAGGAUUGGUAUACUAGGAUUCCUGAGUACAAGGAGUCAAUACCUGGCUGGGAAUUAUGGACUCCUUGAUCAACUCUCAGCCCUCCGCUGGGUGCAGAAAAACGUCGCGCAAUUUGGGGGAGACCCGACGAGGGUGACCUUAGGGGGGUUCUCCUCCGGGGCUUCUGCCGUCCACCUUCACAUGAUGUCUCCGCUGUCUAAAGGAUUAUUUCACAGCGCUAUCAUGAUGAGUGGAGCUGGCAACUGUGUGUGGUCUGUAUCAAAAUGGCCGGAAGAAGCUGCGUACGAUGUGGGCCGCCACUUAGGUUGUUCUACCUGGUCUUCGUGGUACCUAAGAGAAUGUCUAUUGGACAAGUCGCCAGCAGAACUCAUACAAGCACAGGCAGAGCUGCAUAAAUUUGUGUUGUGGCCUAUGCUGUUUAGACCUUCCAUUGACGGUGGCUUAAGAGAACAUCCUUUCUUGCCCGAGUCCAUGGAUAUCCUGAUGUCACGUCCUACAUCAAAUCCGGUUCCUGUACUCAUAGGAGGAGUUCCUGACGAAGGGAUUCUCUUUGCUCUGACAGCCAUUCUGUUCUCAAAAAAUGCCGGGAGUGCCAGUCAGAUUUACGAAAAUGGUGCUGUCUACACAAUGGGAAGCCUUUGGCCAAACGAUACCAUAUCGAAAGACGUCAUCCAAGACAUCGUUUCCUUUUAUUAUUCGCAGCAAGCUAAGGAAAACAUGGAUGUGUUGGUUCACGAAAUGAGUGAGGCCUUCACCGAUCUCUUCUUUACCUCGUGCAUCUGGGAUGCCGCGGAAUAUUUCGCUUCUUCGAGAGCACCGGUUUUCACUUACCUGAUGACGCACCGUCGGCCAACAUCCCCCUCGUAUUCCGGAACAUUAUACCUGUUGGCUGAGUCUGUAGGUUUAAAUUCCCGAGAUUUAUACAAUGGCAUUUCGCAUGGAGAUGACCUGGCUCUCAUUUUCGCCUUGCCCUUUGACCUGGCAAAGCCCGGGCCAGAUGACCAACAGAUCUCAUCGAUAAUGACUUUCAUCUGGGCCACAUUUACACAUACAGGAGCUCCUCAGGGAGGAAACGGCGCUGCCAAUGGUGGACUUCCUCCGUGGACUCCUUUGGUUGCUGGUGAUCCUCUGAAUUACUUUGUAUUGUCUUUCACGCCAGGAAUGUCGGCGCGCCCCUUCAGAAACAAAGAACGUAAUUUUUGGAGUCGAACCCUCAUUCAUAUCGACAGGAGCCGCAGAGCAGCUUACAGUUAUUCGGUCGCAACCUGGAUCUUACUGACCCUCUGCCUAUUGCUCUUGUUGGUCAUCCUGCUCGUGGUCAUAUGCGUCUGGAAGGCCCGGAGGAAGAACAAGUAUCCUGGAGGAACUCUCACACUUAGGAGACGGAUUACGAGGAAUCCUUCGGCUUCUUCCAGAGAAAUGAACGCAAACUUCUCUUCUUCGCCGAGAUUUUGAAAUAGGAGAACCCAUGCUCUAGUUAUUAUCUUCCCCUCAUUUACCUCCAAAUAAUUUUCUUUGAUAACAGAUGCCUUUAAAAAUCCCCAGAUCAAACUGAGUUUUCUCAUCAUCUAAAUUCGUGAAAACUCCCGCCUAAUUAUUGCCAUGUGCAAGGGAAAAAAGGUACUGGCCCCAGGCUUGCGUCAUUUGUGACGUCAUGCGUGGGAGAGUUGAAAAAUCGACCUCUGUUAAUCCUCUAAUCUUCUUACGUCUUGAUUCUGUGUACUUUUCAGUUAGACCUCUGGAAAAGUUGCGGAAUGUUUAGAAUUUCAUAAUAGUUCCUCGGAGUCGCCUGGCUUUAAGUGUUUGUUGUUGAGAGGACAUUGUUCGGUGUUAUAUGUCAAUGUUAUUUUUUAAAGUUAAUAAAAGGAUCU